AAGCAGAGUUUAGUGAUUUUGGAAGUGUCGAUCGUUCUGGUUGUGUACAGCGCGUAAAGACGUUCUUUUGUGUAUUUUCAUUUAUUUUGUGACGUCGCUUGCACUUGCGACUACUUUCCUCAGUAAAGAGCCAAAAGCAAAGCAACAACUUCAAAUUAUGUACUUGUUGGCCACUUUUCCAAUGCAACUAUAACCGACAGCAAACGAUUGCUAUUACAACAAGUGCAAAGUGAGUUCGCUACUCUGUGUGACUUGUGCAUACUAAUCUAAAUACGAAUAAAGUCCAAUUAUUUUAAGAACAAAAAAAAAUUGAACAAAAACAACCAGAAUAGCGAGAAGUGUAAAACAGCAAAUCAGCAAAUCUUGUCGCGAAUUCCUUUAGCUGCAUUUUCCUAGAAAGACUAAACGUGUGCAACGACAAACACUGCAAAUCAGUGGAAUAAACGCGAUUUCUGUGCUGCUAGUUUUGCCUGUGGGAUACACUAAAUCCUGAAUUGUGGGCAUUGGAAGAGUGGACUCGUAGAUAAAAAUUGUAACUUUGUAGUCACGAGAAUCGAUAGGUUUUCUCUUGCAGCAGUAACUCAUUCAAACGUCUAAAAGCAGCCACAUUGAGCACAACAAUUACAAUAUGGAGUAGUGUGAGGAAACGAAACCAAUAGCAACAAAUUCACAGCAACGGUGCAGGACGACAUAAUAAUCUGUCCAUUGUGCAAUAUUUCUAUCGUCUCAAAAUUUUACUCGUUAAUUCGUGUCAAAUUCCUUUCUUCGCCUAAAGUGAUUAGAGCAACAAUAUGCCAUAUUUUCCAAAUAUCAAUAAAAGCCAACAUGUCAAAAUGACAAGCAGCAACACGUCUUUAGACAACACAUCCGACCAGGAUUACAGUGAAUUUCUAAAUGAAUAUCAAACCAAUUCGCCAAAUAAUGAACCUGAAACACAAUAUGAAGAGGGUGAAUUGGAAGCUGAAUGGCUGGUUGCUGCUGGAUUUCCACAACUCACCAAACCAUUUGAGCAGGGUUUUGAACUGCGUACAUCGGAAUUGGAGCCGAUCCUUGCUUCACUAUCCACGCAUCAUGCCGAAGCAAUCAAACAACGCGUUAGGGCGUUAAAUCACACAGUCCGUGGUCGAACAAAAAAUCGACAGAAACGCAAACCAGACAUUCGAGAUGUAUUUCGAGAUUUUGAUGAAUCGAGUACUGGAACAAGGUCCCGCAGCGCUACGCCAGACUCACUUGACUCCAUUCACGGCGAUGAAGUUUGGGGAAACGCUUCCAUUCCAAGUUUUGUGAGCAUUUUCGAUCAUGGCUCUGCCACGGACCCAGGAAAUGGUCAUCAGACAUUACAGAUGGGCAAGAAUCAGAAGCAGAGACUUCGACGAACACCAAGCGCGCCACUCAAAGGCUCUCAAGACAUUUUUCGGGGAUCACACGUUCGCUGUGACAUUCCAAUGUUUGCUGCUGAAGGAAUUGAGUUGUUGGGCUUUUCGCGUAUUGGCACCAUACACAUCCCACGCAAUCGUUCCGGCUCUGAUCCGUCAUGCUCAGUGGGACGUGUUCAUGGUCGCCUUAUACAAUAUUCGAACAGUGACAACAACGCUUCAGGAGAUUCAAGUGAUGAAAGUCUCUCCAAUGCAGCACGCCUGUCAAGCGCCUCGUCGUCGGAGAGUACACCACAAAAAAUUAUAAACAAAAUUAAUUUAGACACACCGCCACAAAGUGUGCAGAACUCACCUUCCUCUCGGGAUGGUAUCAGUUUUGAAAAUAUGUGCCGUGAGACCUCUAGUCAGGAUGGAGUGGAUGUUGUGGAUAGCAGUGACACUUCCUUAGAGUUUUGUACUGAUAUAGAUACUAUAAAUGAGACGGAGCUGAAGCGACUGCAAACUGUUUUUUGGUUAGAAUUAGCGGCAAUUUUUGAUAGUAAUCACGUAUCGCUCGACAAGCGGAAACCGUUUAAGCGACGUCGCAAGGAGGAAGGUAACCUCUUCGGCGUUUCUCUGAAUGCGCUUAUACGUCGUGAUCAACAAAUAACAGGCAGAGACUCUACGCUGGUGCCGUUGUUCCUAGAAGGGCUUCUGGAAGAACUUACGAAACGUGGUGCUAGAGAAGAAGGUAUUCUGCGCGUGGCUGGGCACAAGCAAAAGACUGAAAUACUUUAUAAUGAACUGGAGUCAAGCUUCUAUCAGAAGCCGAAAAAGUUUACUCAACUAUUAAGCUCAGCCAUGGUGCACGAUCUAAGUGCACUGCUUAAACGAUGGUUGCGGGAAUUGCCUCAACCGCUACUCACUAAUGAACUCAUCCAGUUGUUCUACCAAUGUCAUGCAUUAUCACUUGCGGAUCAAGCCAAAGCUCUGGCUAUUAUCUGUCAGAUGUUGCCGCAUGAAAAUCGCAAUACAUUGCGGUCACUGCUACGUUUUCUGAAUAAUGUUAUCGAACAGAAGGAAUUCAAUAAAAUGAAUAUGCAUAAUGUAGCAACAAUAAUUGCGCCUUCAUUUUUCCCGCCACGUUAUAUACAUCCAACGGACAAGAAUAGCAUUGAGGAGCAAGUUAAGAUGGCUGCUCAGUGCUGUCGCCUAACUAAUAUGUUGAUAACGCGCGGAGAGGCGCUGUUCCAUGUGCCAAAUAGUCUAAUUGAGGAAUCCAAAUCAAAUAAAACACGACAGGGUAAACGCAUUUUACAUAGACGUGUUAAAGCCACAACUUCGUUACUUCUGCCAAGUAAUAGCAAUUGCAGUAAUAUAGAGGACACGAGCCACCAUCAUAUCCACUUGCAAUCGAAUCAUCAGCCAAGUAGUCAUGCAGUCAACGUGGUGACUGUGGAUGGAAGCAAUACCGUUAAGCGUCAACAGUCAAUCAAUCCAAGUCAUGUGCACCGUCUAAUCAUUUGAUCCCUGCGGGGAGUGAAUAUGGUAGUUGAUUCAUCUGCCAGCCACUUGUACGCGUAUUACAUAAUAAGUGAAACUCUUUAAGCUUAUGCAAUUACAAAACAAUAUAAUUUUAUGUUUUUCUUUCAUUUUUUAUCCGGAACAAAUAUUAAAAAUUAGCUUUAGAAGUAUUAAAAUCAGUCUUUGCCACGCUUACUUUCCAAUUCUUAGAAAUUAUAUGUUAUUUUUAGUAAAUGAUAUUCGGACAUCGAGAUUUAAAAUUGUUAAACAUAAAAUAUUAUAUACCAAAAUUGGAGCUUUUUAUACAAAAUUUUAUGCUACGUUUGUAAUUGAAAAAUUGUCACAAUAAAAUUAGUCAUCAUCGGCGCAUGUUGUGCUAUGAAAAUUAAUUUGAGAC